CAGUUGUCUUAUACCCCACUCACAUCCCACUGCAAUCCCACCAUCAGUAUUUUCUGGUUCUGUUACAAAGACGUCUAAUAUUGCGAGACACAUACCUAGUACUAGACUUAGUAGACUUUACUCUGCUCUUUCCUUGACUCCUUCACUCAGCCACAGCUUGUACAAAAUUACGUGAUAAAUCUCACAGAACCUCAUGAAGGAAUAUAACCCAGGUAUCUACGUAGUGCAACGCCCAGCUAUAUUGUUCAACAAAAUAAGCAUAAAACGCUUAUCGAUUUAAAUUUACGUCAUCGAUAACAAAGUCGAUUUUAGUGUUUCAUACAUUUCCGUAGUGGCAAUGUAAGUUAAAAAGAAUGUUACUUUUGUUAUUGUAUUUUGUUCCCUUAAGAAUAUCGAUAAGUCAAACCACAGAGAAUUCAACAUUGAAAGGACAGCUUCGGAAGUCAUUGGCCCACGUCAAUGAGAUGUUGGCCGACAUCGAAGGCAAGAUAGAUCGCGAAAGAAAGCUGCUUUCCCAGAUCGAUGGUGGUUUGAGAGCUAACCCGGUUUAUAUGGACUACGAUAUCACAGACAUUUGGUGGGAACCGAAAGAAAAAAGCACAGUACCAACGAGCAUAACAAGGAGUAAUAAUCCUAUAGUUACCACCACAUCGACGACGUCCCAAACUACAACUACAGUAACGGUGCCCUCAUUGAUUGUGACGCCAACUACUCCCACGCUAUUUCCUCAGCCACCUCCGAUCACGAAAUCCACCUAUCCAGCGAACUGGCCAUUUCCGACUACUUCAGGAACAUCAACUCCUGAAAAACAGUACGUACAAGCUAUGAAGGAGAUCAUGGUUAUGGAUCACCAUGGUUACUGCAGUGCUUUCUUAGCAAAGCUUACGGAAUUGAUAGCCAUAAAGGACACAGCUAACGUUACACCAUUAUUGACUGAGAUGGAGAAGUCAGUCUUCCAAGCGAUAGAAUCUGGGAAAUUGAACAGUAUGGGUAACAGUCUUGUUAACGGACUGAAGAUGGUGCUCAACAUGGUGACAGCGCUGCAUCCUACAGUUAUACAACAACAGGCAUCAGUAGCUCACUAUGUUAUAAAACACAAAAACGCACUCAUGACCAAAGACUUGAAUGCAGUCUUGAACUACUUCGAUAAACUAUUCAAUGACGCUGAAGGAGAGCAACUGUUUGCAACGCUUUACCCUUUUGAACAAUAUCCUGAUGGUGGCAAGACUGCUACAGAAGUGAGCGAGAGAAUGUUAGGUGCGGUACUUGCUCCAGUAAUUAGGCUAGAAGGAAAGAGACCCCUAAGGAGACUUAUUCAAGCUAUUAACGAGGCGGUUCAGGACAUGUACCCGAAUUGGCGAGCACAAACCUUGCCUCCAUCUGAAACCCUUGCCAACAACACUUCUGACAACAAUACUUAUAACAUUUCCGGAGUUCCAGGAAGGCGAAGCUUGAACUAUAAAAGGAUACUAAAACACUUUUUACUAAAACAUCCAAGAUAUUUAAAAGAAAUAAGGCGGCAUAAGCUACAUAAGAAGAAGAAUGUUCACCAUAAUGUACUUAAGAAGAAGAAUGUUCACCAUAAUAUACUAAAGAAGAAAAAGGUUCACCAUAAUACACUUAAGAAGAAAAAUGUUCACCAUAAUGUACUUAAGAAAAAUAAUUUUCAUCAUUCGACUCAUAAACACCAACGUCAUCAUAAAAAAGAUUUUUCUAGACGUGAAAGACAUGGGCACCUCAAGCCGACGAUUAGGAGCGCCAGUAAAUACCGCAACCAAAGAAUACAUGACACUAGUGAGAGCGGAGCAUUUUAUCAUGGCUCUACCACAACCACAUCACGGGCUAUCAAGAAAAGCAAAUUGCGGAACCGCCGAGACAAAAAGCUAACAAAGCAAUUAGAAGAAAAAGAAAAACAACUGCGAUAUCUCCAAGAAAAACAAAGGCACUAUAGACUUCUUGCCAAGAAAAGAAAGGCUAAGAAAUCUGAUAAUAAUGAUUAUCCAAAAUAUUUCAAGAAACUCGCACUAGAUUACUUUAGACAGACGAAACACGGUAAAAAUAAAAAACACAGAAGAUUCAUGGGUUCGUCCUCGAAAGAUAGCAAUGAGACCAACACUAGCGCCUAUGAGGAUUCUAAACAUUCUGUAGAAAACAAUGUGUUACGUAAAAUAAUAGACUUUUCCAGCUACAGCGACCAAGAGGAGGACUUAAGAUCCAAUUUAAACGACGCAUUACGACACGGCAACGCCACCAUCGUCUCGUUUAGAGCGAUGGACUUUAAGAACCAAUCCCUCUGGGACAUGACCAGCGCUUCUGACGAUGAAUGGGUUUUGAAGAACAAUAUAUAUAAAGUGUUUGAAGAGUUAGAUAAUCCUUAGGCUUUAAACAUCAUGAUAUCUAUCUCUGGUGGAACAUGGCAGGCGGAAUAUGAUAUUAUUUUCCAUUUAGAGAGUUAAGGGGUCAUACCAGUAUAAGUACUUCGGAGACCUAAAGUUGACAAUAAAAAUAUUGCUGACAUCUUUGGUGUACAUACCUUUCUUAUUAUUUUUUGAGUCAAGAGACAUUUAGAUAAGCGCAUCAUGUUUUGCAGAGCGUCAUCAAGAUCAACCUCAUUCAAAAAUCAAAAACUGUAAUAUUUUCAAACCUUCAUUUAUUUUAUAAAUAAAUAUUUAAAUAAC